AUGUUCCGCAAGUUUGAUCCCUCCGAGGACAUCUCCUCGCAGCAAUUGCCGAAGUCUUCGGCUGUGCGCACCAUCCGUGCUGCCAUGCUGAAGCAGUUCCCGGCCUUUACUGAUCCCUCGAUUGCCCCGGCUGCCCCGGUGGUCCCGGUUCCUGCUGAGGAUGCUCCUGCGGAGGAUGCUCCCGCUGAGGACGCCACUGUCACCGAGGACGUUCCUGCCACCACUGAGGCCGCUUCGGGUGCCAAGGAGGAGGAGGAGGAGGAGGCCGAGCCGGUUCCCAACAUCGGAGACAUUGUCUUCCCCUCGACGACUAACUUCAAGAUCCUGAAGAGCCGUCAUUUCUACACCAUCUUUUCUGUCAACGACAAGCCGCAGUUUGUCCAGCUUGACGAGGGGGACAUUUUCCCCACUCUGCGCGUCCUCCAGCGCUUCCCUCGCCUCAUGCCUGGCAUCUACGUCGAUAAGGGUGCCGUGCGCCCCCUGAUGGGCGGCUCUGACCUCAUGGUUCCCGGUAUCUACAAGCCCAGCCUCGAGGCCAUCGGGGAGCUCCCGGCUGGCACCGUGGUGGCUGUCUAUGCCAUCGGUCUGCAGCAUCCCUUCAUGAUCGGAAGGCUCACGUACAAUGUCCGGACCAUUCUGGGCAUGCAGACUGGCAACGUCGUGGAGAACCUCCACACCAUGGGCGACGGUCUGUGGGAACAUUCUAAGUAAACAUCACGUGCAUUGAUGCCAACGAUCCGGGAUGCGCGUGUGUCUCUGCACGUCCGUGUGUGUGCCACACGUACACCGCGCGGGGCCCUGCCCCGGCGUGGCGUUGCCACCAUCGUUGUCCCUCCCCCCCCUCCCUCCGAGUCUCCCCUUUCCCGCUUCUGGCGGCGGCCAACAUUGCAAAAUAUACACUGUUGCCUUCCG